AUGACCUCGAAUGCCGCCGAAACAAUUAAUUCCGCAAUGAAAGUUGCACGUGAGUUACCCAUAACACCACUUCUUGAGUGCUUAAGGGGAAUGCAGCAAGAAUGGAAUGUAAAAAAUAGAGCUGAAGCAGAAGGAACCUUUACAAAGCUGGCAAAGCUUGGGCACAAAAUGUUGACAGAGAAUUACACAGCCUCCAUGCAUUUAACAAUGCAAAAGGCCAACAAUAAAAUUUUCAAGGUAUGUAAAGGGCCAAAUGUGUUUGUUGUGGAUAUUGAAAAGAAAACUUGUUCGUGUAAUCGAUUUCAAAUGGACGAACUCCCGUGCCCUCAUGCAAUAUGUGCAAUACGUGGAAUUCACGAAGACCCAGAGCCAUAUUGUUCGAAAUAUUAUUACACGGAAACAAUGUUAGGUACAUAUUCAGAAGCAGUGUAUCCAGUUGGAAUUGAUACCACAACACCCAUUGCAAAUAACAAGGAAGAAGUGAUUCCACCACCUCAAUUGUCCCAAACAGGAAGGAAGAAACGAAAAAGAUACCUAUCCAGUUGGGAAAAGGGCUACAAAAGUACUGGAGCAAAACAUAGCCAAACUGGGCGGCGUCGGAGGGAGGACAACAUGGUCGAGAUCCGUAAAAACAAGCGCGAGGAGAGUUUGCUGAAGAAGCGAAGGGAAGGGCUCCAACAGCAGCAGCAGUUCUCGGCGUCUCUUCAAUCGUCUGCGGUCGAGAAAAAGCUGGAGAGCCUUCCUUCAAUGGUCGCUGGCGUAUGGUCGAAUGAUGCCAACUUGCAGCUAGAAGCAACUACCCAAUUCCGCAAAUUACUUUCAAUUGAAAGGAGCCCUCCAAUAGAAGAAGUAAUACAAUCAGGUGUUGUUCCUAGAUUCGUUGAGUUCCUUACAAGAGAGGAUUUCCCCCAGCUCCAGUUUGAAGCUGCAUGGGCGCUCACCAACAUUGCAUCUGGUACUUCAGAAAACACCAGGGUGGUUAUUGAUCAUGGAGCAGUACCCAUUUUUGUAAAGCUUCUGGGUUCACCCAGUGAUGAUGUUCGUGAGCAGGCUGUGUGGGCAUUAGGUAAUGUUGCUGGUGAUUCUCCUAAGUGCCGUGACCUUGUCCUUGGUUAUGGUGCUUUGAUUCCUUUGCUUUCUCAGCUGAAUGAGAAUGCAAAGCUUUCGAUGCUGAGAAAUGCUACCUGGACGUUGUCAAACUUCUGCAGAGGCAAACCCCAGCCUCCCUUUGAGCAGGUGAGACCAGCACUUCCUGCUCUUCAGCAACUUGUCUAUUCAAAUGAUGAAGAGGUUCUUACUGAUGCAUGCUGGGCUCUUUCAUACCUCUCUGAUGGCGCGAAUGACAAAAUUCAAGCUGUGAUCGAGGCUGGUGUCUGUCAAAGACUUGUUGAGCUCCUCCUUCAUCCGUCUCCUUCGGUGCUUAUUCCUGCACUUCGUACAGUUGGGAAUAUUGUGACUGGUGAUGAUGCUCAAACUCAGUUUAUCAUCAAUAGUGGUGCUCUUCCUUGCUUGCUAAACCUGUUGACUCACCAUCAUAAGAAGAGCAUCAAGAAAGAAGCCUGUUGGACAAUUUCAAACAUCACUGCUGGAAACAGAGAACAAAUACAAGCUGUAAUUGAUGCUGGCUUGAUUGGUCCCUUGGUGAAUCUUCUUCAGAAUGCUGAAUUUGAUAUAAAGAAGGAGGCUGCAUGGGCUAUUUCAAAUGCCACAUCUGGAGGAACAAAUGAGCAGAUCAUGUACCUUGUGAACCAGAAUUGUAUAAAGCCACUCUGUGAUCUCCUGGUUUGCCCCGAUCCUAGAAUAGUAACUGUAUGUUUGGAGGGGCUCGAAAACAUACUUAAAGUUGGGGAGGCUGAGAAGGGUAAUACUGGUGAUGUCAAUUACUUUGCUCAGUUGAUUGAUGAAGCUGAGGGAUUAGAGAAAAUAGAGAACUUGCAGAGUCAUGACAACAAUGAGAUUUAUGAGAAGGCUGUGAAGAUGCUGGAGACCUAUUGGCUCGAGGAAGAUGAGACAAUACCUGAAAGUGAUGGGAACCAAGCUGGAUUCAACUUUGGGGAAAAUGUUGAAAUGGAGAAGUCUGUGAUGAUAGUACCAAUGAUUUUGGUGAGUCGGGUCAUGUCACAUCACCGUAAUGAGUUUGGUGAGUCGGGUCCAGAGUCUGUCUUGGUCGAGGGAGAUGGUCAGUCGCGUGUCAUUGAGUCGUAUUCGCCAGUAUGGUCAGGUGUCGUCGAGUCGUAUUCCCCCGUAUGUGGUUGGGUUGUUUUUAGGGGAAUAUCUGGCACUGGCCUGUGCAACUUUCUCGCUGUCGCCAUUAAAGCCCUCACGGAGAACCACCUCUGCGAAAAACCCUCCUCCUUCUUCCUCAUUUUCAUAACAAAAACCAUCCGAAAGGGAAAAAUUAGUCCACCGCCGCCGAUGAAGCUUCCCUACGGUUAUCGUACUUUUCGCCCAAUUUUUGCUCCAAUCGAUUCGAAAGGGCCUCUCCGAUCUACCUGGCUCGAAUUACUUCCCCUCUUUUGGAUUUCACCGGUGAAUCCUGCAACAUCGCCGGAGUCUACUGCGACGGCAACAGGUGGUGGCCCUCAAUCUCGGCGAGGAAAUGAGGAUGUCCUGCUAGAUUUGUGA